AUGGCCGACCCUUCAAUGUAUAACACAAUGGGCCAGGGCUCCGGCGAAGAUCCCUCCAAUCCGCAAUACAUGGCUCAGGCUCCCUCUCAGCAAUAUCCAGCUGGCUAUCCUACCGGCGCCGCACCUCUACAACCAGGAGCGCCGUACGCCAACCCAGCGCCGAAUCAGUGGCCCGCCUACGGCUCACCACAACAACCUGGUUUGGCGGGUCCUGGCGCCGCAUAUAAUGCACCACAGCAAGCAAUGGGUGUAGCGGUAGAUCCUGGUAUGGCAGGCCUAGCCUCUCAGAUGAGUGGCUUAGGCAUUGCAGCAGAUGCGGGGGCCAGGACGCACCGGAAGAAGCACCGUCAUGCUCACCACGACAUUGGGGGUGGUGUAGCACCCCCCGCGCAAGGAUUCAAUACUGGCACGGAUCAAGGAGGCUUGCAACAGCUGCAGCAACAACAGCAACAACAAUCGCAGUUCCUGAACACAGGCUUGAACCAACACGCUGACCGACCAGUUUCCCCAGCGGUGGGGUUGGUAUCUGGGCAGUCUGUCGCUGAGAUACCUGGCAUACCAAGUGGUGCAGGAUCUGUCCCUACUUCAGGUCGAAUUGACCCAGAGCAUAUUCCCAGCAUCCCGCGAUCGCGCGACCUACCCGCUCAGUACUAUUUCAACCACGUCUACCCGACAAUGGACCAACACCUCCCCCCACCAGCGGCGAUCCCGUUCGUGGCUCACGACCAAGGCAACUCCUCUCCUAAAUACGCUCGUUUAACGCUCAACAACAUUCCCUCCGCCUCUGACUUCCUUAGCUCGACCGGCUUGCCAUUGGGUAUGAUCCUGCAGCCCCUCGCGCCUCUGGAUCCCGGCGAACAACCGAUCCCCGUGCUGGACUUCGGGGAUGUUGGUCCCCCACGAUGCCGACGAUGCCGAACAUAUAUCAACCCAUUUAUGUCCUUCCGAUCUGGUGGCAGCAAGUUUGUUUGUAAUAUGUGCACGUUCCCGAACGAUACGCCUCCCGAAUACUUUGCGCCGCUGGACCCAUCCGGUGCGCGUGUGGAUCGUAUGCAGCGUCCUGAAUUGCUGAUGGGAACUGUGGAGUUUACGGUCCCGAAGGAAUACUGGAACAAAGAGCCGGUAGGCCUUCAAACCCUCUUUUUGAUCGACGUCAGCCGGGAGUCGGUUCAUCGGGGAUUCCUCAAGGGUGUUUGUGCAGGUAUCAAGGAUGCUCUGUAUGGUGAUGAUGAUCAAGCAUCAGAGGGCACUGAAGGCGAUGAUUCUUCACGAAAACUACCUGUUGGAGCGAAGGUCGGCAUUGUUACGUAUGAUAAGGAGGUGCACUUUUACAACCUGGCCGCGGCAUUGGAUCAAGCACAAAUGAUGGUUAUGACCGAUUUAGAUGAGCCAUUUGUGCCGUUGAGCGAAGGUCUCUUCGUGGACCCAUAUGAAUCAAAGUCUGUGAUCACUUCUCUUCUCAACCGCAUACCCAAAAUCUUCUCUUCUAUCAAAAACCCCGAGUCGGCUUUGCUGCCAACAUUGAACUCGGCGCUCUCCGCACUGCAGGCUACAGGUGGCAAGAUUGUCUGCGCCUUGGCUAGCUUACCUACCUGCGGUCCGGGACACCUGGCGAUCAGAGAAGAUCCAAAGGUUCAUGGAACGGAUGCGGAACGGAAACUUUUCACCACAGAAAACCCAGCUUGGAAGAAGACGGCAAGCAAGUUGGCUGAAGCUGGCGUGGGCGUGGAUCUGUUCAUGGCAGCCCCUGGUGGCACAUACCUCGAUGUGGCAACAAUUGGACACGUCUCUAGUCUCACCGGAGGCGAAACUUUCUUUUACCCUAACUUCCAUGCCCCGCGCGAUCUACUCAAGCUGCGGAAUGAAAUCGCUCAUGCCGUUACUCGUGAAACGGGAUAUCAGACCUUGAUGAAAGUCCGAUGCUCCAAUGGACUCCAAGUGUCCGCCUACCACGGAAACUUUGUCCAGCACACGCUCGGCGCUGAUUUGGAGAUUGCCGGUGUUGAUGCCGACAAGGCUAUCGGCGUGCUCUUCAGCUACGACGGUAAACUCGAUCCCAAGCUGGAUGCGCACUUCCAAGCCGCCCUACUUUAUACUUCUGCAGACGGCCAACGCCGUGUCCGAUGUAUCAACGUUGUGGCGGCCGUGAAUGAAGGAGGCCUGGAGACAAUGAAAUUUGUCGACCAGGAUGCCGUGGUCUCGGUUAUUGCCAAAGAGGCCGCCUCAAAAGCCCUGGAUAAGAACCUCAAGGACAUCCGAGCCAGUAUCUCAGAGAAGACAGUCGAUAUCUUCAGCGGAUACCGCAAGAUCUUCUCUGGCUCGCACCCGCCCGGACAGCUAGUUCUACCCGAGAACCUGAAGGAGUUCUCAAUGUACAUGCUCAGCUUGGUCAAGUCGAGAGCAUUCAAAGCUGGCCCUGAGUCAUCAGACCGACGGAUACAUGACAUGCGCCUGAUCCGGUCAAUGGGAUGCACGGAAAUGGCCUUGUACCUCUACCCUCGCAUUAUCCCCGUACACAACAUGCAGCCGGAAGAUGGAUUUGCGAACGAGCACGGACAGCUCCAAAUCCCGCCCACACUGCGAGCGAGCUUCUCUCGUACCGAAGAUGGUGGUGUCUACAUAGUGGACAACGGCCAGGCAAUUCUACUCUGGAUGCACGCACUGGUCUCACCCAAUUUACUGGAAGACCUAUUCGGGCCGGGACACGACUCCCUGCAGGGUCUGAACCCCAACAUUUCGUCCCUGCCUGUGCUCGAGACGCACCUGAACGCACAGGUGCGUAAUCUACUGCAGUACUUGUCGACGGUGCGCGGGUCCAAGUCCGUAACGAUCCAACUGGCCCGACAAGGCAUGGACGGGGCGGAAUACGAGUUCGCCCGACUCCUGCUGGAGGACCGGAAUAACGAGGCCCAGAGCUACGUGGACUGGCUGGUACACAUCCACCGCCAGAUUAACUUGGAGUUGGCUGGUCACCGGAAGAAAGAGGAGGGCGGCGAAGGCGCAUUGGCUAGUUUGUCGGCCAUGCGUGCUCCAUAUUGGUAG